AUAGAAGCGUGAAAAGGCGUAAUACUACGGCGUGGCCGGACAAAGAGUCACGAUCUGAGCGUCGCGGCGACGGCGGGUGCUUCCGCGUUUCUUGCAGUUAUUAAUAAAAGCUCCGUUCUCUGGUGCUCCGAGGCCGCGUUUCUUCCGCGACGCUGCCAUCGUGUAAUCAGACGGCAGAUCGCCGGAGAGUUAAUUAGAAACGAAGCUGUGGAUUCUAAGCAAAGAAGAGCCUUUCUUCCUCGGAGACGAUAAUCGAUCGUCACGUGGGUAGAAUUAAAAGUCGUGGACUUUUCUGAAACACUCCAGAAUUAAUGUUCGUCUCUAAACAGGCUAAGGUCUGUUGUUUAAAAAAAAUCUAUUUAAUCCGCUUAGAAGAAUGCGACGCGUGCACAUGUACACGUGUGCACGCUCGCUUUCGUUUCUAAUUUCAUCUACUCGAGUUUCGUUUAAUUACUCUCAAUUGCUUGGAACGAACGCUCAGCCGGUGGUUCGACGACGAAUAAUCGUUUCAGAUGAAUUGUAGAGAAUCGCCUCGAGACAAAACCUCGGUCCCGGAUCUGCUGCCAAAACGUUCGUGCCAGCUGUGCAAUAUUCGAGAUUUGCAUGACGCGAGUCGUUAACCGUGCUUCUGAGAAACACGCCGAAUUCUCGGUAGGAUUUAUUGUUUCGCACAGAGGGUGAAGGAGAACAGGUAACGCGCCAGAAAUUCAUCACGUCUCUAACUCAGAGUACAUCGUAUCGUAAACAUCAUUGAUGACUCGUUCACGAGUGGAACACGACGCGUGCACGUGUCGGCAUAACGCGAACAGCUUCCGUGAUGUUCACCGCGGCGGGCAAAUGAAAAACUGACGUCGAUCAUCGAUGAGAUCGCGACACUUGGCUUCCGCAAUUCCAUCAAUAAUUUCAAAAGACAACUUCUCUGUGUGUACGCGACUUAACGCCGCGAGAAGAAAGCCAGCAGGCGAGCUACGAAGACGGGAGAGGAGCGAGAACGCGAAGCAAUUACUUCGUCCCUCCGUUUAAAUCGUUCGAAGAGUUUCGUUAUUACCUUUUUUGCCGGCGUUAAAGUCGGUCGCCUCGUCGGGCGCAUACGCCGAGCCUUUUCCCACGGUCUCGCGAUAAUUCGACCGAUCGUUUCCCAUUGCGCCCGAUUCUCGUCUACCGAGCGAGCAUUUGCAUCGAGUUAAGUACGCUAAACGCCGACAGCACUUACUUACACGAGCUCUGAACAAAUGCGCGUAGACAAGCUGCAACUGCUAUUCUACGAAAGUAGCAGCGAGACUGAAAAUUCUAUCUAUUGACCGGAAUUUCGUGGUUACCGUCGCGAUCUUCCGAAAUAAUGGACAUAUGGCUGGGCGAUGCGGAGGCGUACUUCCUCGGAAGGAAGACCGUGGAUCCUGCGUCACGAGUGCUAGGCGUGAGACGCAUGGAACACGCGGAUCUCCCGAGUGUGGAGCGGCUGAUACGCCCGGAGACGUAUGAGAUCUUCGGGGACGUGGACGUUGGACGCAUAUUGUAUCGAUGAAUCAAUCUGAGAAUUCUACAAAGCCAGUUCUAUCGAAUGCGCGAGUAAAAAAUACGUUUCCAGCGAGAAAAGCUGCCUGUCGGUUGUGCAAUGUAACGAGAAAAGCGAGGUCAUUUCAAGCAUGUGCCUUUGCAAUUAUCCGAACGUACCGGCAGUGCCUCCGGAAGACUGGAUGCACUGGAUCUACGCUUCGUACAAGGUCGAAGACGUGACGGAGAUGAACACGAUGUUUCUGCACCUACUCGUGUGGGACAAACGAUACACCGGUCAUUUCUACGAAGACCUUCUGACCGGGCUCUUCGACUUCACCUCGUAUCUGCAGCACGUGAUCCUCGUGCUUCCUCCUCAGAUCAUUCUAGCGGACGUGUUCGAAGGGCAAAUGAUCAGAGUACCACCCAGGUGUACCACCGACAGACUUUCCAUACAGUCCAUCUACGUGACCGAACGCCACUUGAAGAAUCCCAGACUCAGAAUCCGUCGAGUCGUGGAAGAGGACAACGACGACGUUGUACCGAUCAUCGACGACGAGUCUAUUCUGGUGAAAGAGUUUUACGGCGAGUUUUACGUGAGCGAGAUGGUUCGUUAUCCCGACGAUUGUAGACGCGUGAUCGUCUCCGAGGACGAGGACGGUCUGGCCACAGGAGUGAUGUUUCUCAACAGUAAUAUAGACGUGAACGCGUUGAAUGAGAAUUUCGAGUUGGUGCUGUACAACGGUCUUAGGAAACCCCACGAGAAAGAUUACUUCCCGCCUGGGUACAUGAUACCAGCCAGCGAAACGUAUUUCUCGUUCUUCUCGAGGAAACCGCGGAAGGAAACGCCAGAAAGCUCCACACCUUCCCCUGAACGAAGCAUGGAGGAUGUCCAUUACCCAUCAGAAUCGACAUCCAAUAGUUCUGUGUCCAUAGAGGUAAUGCCUGCAGUACCGAAACAAGCAACCGCCCAGGAAAAAGAUCCCUUCGGGGAUAAAUCCCUGUUCGAUAUGUCCGUUACGACUUUCCUCAGCUAUUUGCCAUCGAUCGACGGGUCGUAUCGGCCGACAGUAACGACCGCGUUCAUGGAUUCCGUAUACGACAUUCCACAACGGAAGACGAAGAUCGAGUCGAUCGAGAUCGACGCGGUCUUACAGUCGGACAAGGUGAAGGUCCCGUCGCAGCCAGUAUACUACGGCGAGGUGAACGCGUUCGUUUUGGAAAUCUUCUCGAUGCGGGAUCAAGUGAAACGGCGAUGGAGCAGAAAUUUCGUAGAGGCUGCGUUCGAGUGUUUUCCUAAUCUGGAUUACUGCGCGAUACUCGUCCCGUUCUCUCAUCCGUUCAUUCAUCUACUCGAACACUUCAUGUUUGUCCCGUUGAGAUGCAACAAGGAUUAUCCAAUGGCGUUGCACAUAACGCAUCGCGCGGCUCUCUUGGGUCAACCGAAAGUUCGCGAAGCCAGGCUCUGCGAUCGGGAGGACGUGCAGGAGCUUCUACAGAAGAUUCCGAAAACGGAACAGAUCUUGGCCGACUUCGACGAGUCAAUGAAAGAAGAACGGACCGACUUGCACUGUUACGUCGUUCAAUGGGAGGACGUGAUCGUCGGCGUGGCGAUUAUUCGUUCCGAGAACGAAGUCACGUACAUCAAGCGGCGGUACCAUGUGGAAGAUUACAUCGUGUUGCAGAAUAUACGGCACGACGCUUACGGCCGUAUCCUCCAUUUUGUUCUCAUGCCAAUAUUUUCUAUUCACCUGGCCCACUUUUUUAACGAGAUCAUGCGGUUCACUAAUAUGAUGGUUCUUUUCUAUCGACUCACCGGAAGCGCUUUAAGCGCAUUGACUCGUACACACCCUCUGACCAUCUGUUUGAAAGGCAUGGUGCCCAUGCACCCUCGUCAAAGAAUCGUCUACAAGUAUCAUGAGUUCGAGGAAACCGACGAACCUCAGCAAGAAACUGAACCCUUCUCACUGUUCAUGACGACGCCAAGGCUGUCGAUGAUCCCUGUUACGUACGUCGACUCGAAGAUCGUCGUAGUGGGAGCGUCAGACUGCGGCGUAGCUUUUGUGGAACAACUUGCCUUCGGGUAAAUCUCGCCUUAACGA